AUGGGAGCGUUCAGGCUGCUGCUGGGGACUUUACAUUACAUGGGACUCUACAUGCAACUUAGUGUCUCCACCAGGCAAGCUGGACACGGCGAGGUACAGAAUCACAUCACUGGCAACGCUGUAUUCACAGAGGUGCCUCAUGAUAUGACUGCUCAGAGAGGUCAGGAUGUGGAGAUGGCCUGCUCCUUCAGGGGGGCGGGGAUGCCCUCGUAUUCACUGGAGAUCCAGUGGUGGUACAUCAGGAACCAUCUCGACUGGACGGACAGACAGCCCUGGACAACCAACGAGGUGGCUCCUGAUGAGGAGAUGCCAAAGGAUGCUACAAAGAUAAGUGUUGUGAAGGUUGUAGGAAGCAACAUUUCCCAUAAACUUCGCCUCUCCAGGGUCAAGCCAUCCGACGAGGGCACCUACGAGUGCCGUGUCAUCGACUUCAGCGACGAUGCGGGUAUUCGCCACCAUCGCGUGCGCGCCUACCUGCAGGUGGUGCCAGAGAGCGGCAUCAUCGACGACAACCACAACGGCAACUUCGAGGCCCUGGACGACACCAAGAGAGGAGCGGGAUACGCGGAUGAUGUUGAGUCUCACGGUGGCACCAAAGAGCACGCUCAUAGCCACCACCAGAAUCACGGGCACCACCAGGAGCACGGCAAGAGGCCUACAUCGCCGGCUCAUCACGGCCACAGCCACGGUGGCAACAGUCAGCAACAAAAGGCUGGCAGAGAGCUGAGGAAGCGAGAUGUGGACAGUAACCACAGCCACAAUGACUGCUCCAAUGAGCCCAGCUGUACGCUGUAG